GGCGGGAGCAUCGCCGAGCGGUUGCCGGUGCCGGCGGCGAAGGGCCGUGGCGGAGCCGGAGCUCCCGGGCAUCGCUGCCCGCUCCGGCCCGGGGCGGCCGCAGACAAGCAGUUUUUCCCCAAAGGCAGCAGCGACCCUGCCCCCGCCUCGAUGGCUGCUCCAGAGCCAGACCGAGCCGAGGGGAUGGAGCGAUGGGAGGGAGCACAGGAAGGUGAUCUCCAACCAAAGGAGGAGCCGGAGACCCCAGGAGACCCUCAUGGAGGUGAUAUUAUUACUUCUAACCCAGCAGGACGUGGGAUGGAGAGUGAGAACUGGAAGAGUCCCCAGCAGGAGCACCCCGAAAUGAGCAGCUCAUCAUCCGUAACCUCAGAAGGAAAUUUUUCUGGGAGUUUUCAGCAGAGAAAAGCGGGUGGAGAUGCCCACGGGCUGCAAGAAUACCCAGAGAAGGAUGCAAGCACCUUUGUGCAUGGUGAAGGAAACGGCAAAGUCCUCAAGGGACCCUCCACCCCGUACAAAGCCCGAGAAAAGAAAUACAUAUGCACCGACUGUGGGAAAAGCUUCAGGCAGAGCUCGAACCUCAUUGUGCACCGGAGGAUACACACGGGGGAAAAGCCUUACAAAUGCUGCGGCUGCGAGAAGUUCUUCAGCGACAGAUCUAACCUGGCGAAGCAUCAGCGGCUGCACACCAAGAAAAAGCCCUUGAGGUGCCGCGCGUGCAAGACGAGCUUUGGGAGCGACGUGGAUUUCCUCGAGCAUCAGCAAACGCACGACGGGGACAAAGAGUUUAGAUGCUGCCAGUGUGGGAAGAGGUUCGGGCAGAGCGGGAAGCUCGCUCUGCACCAGGAAUUGCACGCGAGGGAAAAAGUCUACAAGUGUCCCAGGUGCGAGAAAUUGUUCAAAGACCGGUCGACCCUCAUCAGGCACGAGACGCUGCACACGGGGGAGAAGCCCUACAAGUGUCACGAGUGCGGGAAGAGGUUCACCCGCAAAGCGGACCUGACGGUCCAUGAGCGGAUCCACACCGGGGAGAAACCCUUCGCUUGCUCCGAGUGCGGGAAAAGCUUCAACCAUCGGUCGAACCUUUUUACCCAUCAGAGGAGGCACACGGGGGAGAAGCCUUUCUCGUGCCAAGAGUGCGGGAAAAACUUUGGCCACAGAGCAGAUCUAGUCGUCCACCAAAGGACCCACAGUGGUGAAAAGCCGUACCAUUGCUUCGACUGUGGGAAGAGCUUCAAGGGUCGCUCCACGCUCGUGAGACACAAGAGGUUGCACACGGGGGAGAGACCGUAUCAGUGUUCUGAGUGUGGGAAGAGGUUCGGGCUAAGCGGGGACCUCGUCGUCCACCAGCGUUUCCAUACUGGAGAAAAACCCUACAAGUGCUCCGCGUGUGGGAAGGUCUUCAGCAACAGCUCCAGCCUCAUUAGGCAUCAACGACAGCACGCGGGCGAGAAGCCCUACAAGUGCUACGAGUGUGGGAAGGGCUUCGGGCAGAGCACAGACCUCAUUGCGCAUCAGCGAACCCACACUGGGGAGAAGCCCUACCUGUGCCUGGAGUGCGGGAAGCGGUUCGGUAGGAGAUCCAACCUUAUGGUGCACCAGCGAGUACACGGAACGGACGGACGCCGCAAACGCCGGCAGCGUGGGACGAGCUUCCCGGAGAACGCGGCCCUUUCAGUCCAUCACCAUGUCGCGAUGGAGGACAACGCUGCCCCGUGCUCAGCCCCGCUGAGCGUCAGCAGUGGCGCAGAGAACAAAAACGAUUAAAUCCCCGGCGGAGAAAAGAGGGUGGAGAAAAAGCUCAGACCUUUCUAGAGGCAGAUGGAAAAGCACAGAAGAAACAGCAACUGGCAUACGGAAAAAAAAUGCACGAUCUUUGUCUUCCACAUUGGCAUCAGCAAGGAUGGGUUGGGGGAAAAAAUACCUGUAUACAUGUUUUUGAGUAAAACCUGAACCUAUUUACUAAAUAA